AUGGUCUCACGUGUUGCUGCAGUGAAGGUACCCCGCACACACAACCGUCGCCGCGUGACCGGAUCCAGCGGAAGGAGGAGGGAAGGAAGAGAGAGUGAGCCGCAGAGGCCCAACAUGUCCCGGCGUGUGUUUACUUCCGCGGUGCUGCUCCUACUUGUCUUGAUGUGCUGCGGCAGUGGAGCUGCAUCCGCGAAAAGGAUAUUUGUAAAGGGGGCGGAAUCGCCGCAAAGGGUCGAUAUUUUUGUGCCGGAGAAGACAAGGGUAGUGACAAAAAGUUCUAAUCUAGCUAGUGGGAGUGGAGUGAGAGGUUCGUUUGGCUCACCCUCUCUCGUCCGUGCUGGUGGAGUAAUUGUUGCCUUUGCCGAAGGCUGCACAAAGUAUAAUGAUCUUCACGAUAAAUUGAAUGGGCUUGCUUGUUCUGAUAUUGUGGCGGGGUACAUCAAGGCUGCGGAGAGAUGGUCCUCUCUUGUCGAUGAGACCAAUAAAGAUAAACGGGAUGCAUACACCGUCUUUAGCCGAGGAAAUGAGGGGAGACGCUUGGGUGUUUUGCUCCGGCCCACAGCAAUUGCACGGGAUAAUAAGGUGUUUCUACUUGUGGGAAGCUGUCAUAUGAGCUAUGACAAAAAUACGAAGAGGUGGAAGCUAGGUGGCUCACAUAUUCAACUGGUUGUGGGUGAUGUCACGCAGUCUAAUGACGACGUGCAGAGUGAACCGAUCAAAUGGGGUGCUCCCAAACCGGUUUCGCCACCAAAUAGCCCAAAUUAUCAAAGUGAUUUGAAGGACUUUUUGCCCGGUGGCGGGUCAGGCAUUGUGAUGCUGAAUGGCACGCUCGUGUUUCCUCUUACGGCGUCGAAAAAAAACUAUCACCGUUUCUCCAUGAUGGCUUAUUCGACGGACAGUGGCAAAAACUGGGUGUUCCCACAGGGCAUGUCUUCGGCGGACUGCGUUAACCCCCGCAUCACCGAAUGGGAGUGGGGGCAAAUUCUCAUGGUUACUGACUGCAAGGACGGCCAAAUGGUUUACGAGUCGCGUGACAUGGGGACAAUGUGGACGGAGGCCAUUGGGACACUCCCAGGCGCGUGGGUCGACUCACGAUCAGGAGGCUCUUGGGACAGAACGUUGCGUGUAGGAUCCAUCAUCACUGCGACUAUUGAGGGAAGGAGGGUCAUGCUGUACACUCAGAAAAGGUACCUCUCGAGGGAGAAAAAGGCCAAUGCGCUCUACCUUUGGGUCACGGACAAUAGCCGCACUUUUCAUGUUGGACCACUUUCUCUGGGGAAUGCUGUGAAUGGAGGGUUUGCCAGCACCCUGCUGUACGCCGAUGGAGCGUUGCACUUUAUACAGGAGAACUUCAGUGAAAAAAGCACAGCCAUUUCACUCUCCCGCCUGACGGAGGAGCUGAAGACAAUCAGGUCCGUCCUCAGUACUUGGGCAAAGCUGGACGCCUUCUUUUUCAAUUCGUCUACACCCACGGCUGGUCUGGUUGGACUCCUGUCCAAUGCAGCCAGUGACCGCAAGUGGAUUGACGAGUACCGUUGCGUGAAUGCAACGGUUAUGGAAGCGGCGAGAGUAAAAAGUGGCUAUGACUUCACAGGCCCUGGGUCUGGGGCAAUAUGGCCCGUUAACAGCUGGGAGUACGGUAAGAAUCACGGUUUUGUGGAUCACAACUUUGCUCUUGUGGCGACGGUGACCAUCCGCCUAGUCCCGUAUGUGAGUACUCCUCUGUUGGCUGUGUGCCUGGGUGACAGUAAGAGUACGAAGAUUAUUGGGCUGUCGUACAGCAUGAAUAAAACGUGGGAGACGGUGUUUGAUCGGAAGAAAACGACAUCGAACACCACUUGGGAGCUGGGGAAAGAACACCAGGUGGCGCUCAUGCUGCAGGACGGCAACAAGGGCUCCGUGUACGUGGAUGGCCAGCUUGUGGGGAGCUCAGAGAAUAUACCAACACCUGAGAUGCGGGGGCAUGAAAUCUCACAUUUCUACAUUGGUGGAGACGAAGAAGACAUGGACAGAGGUAGCAGUGUGAUGGUGAAGAACGUCUUUCUGUACGACCGUCCGCUGAGCGUCAGUGAACUAAAGAUGGUAAGGAAAAUUAACAAUUCCGCACGUGGGGGUGCAUCGCGGCUGCUUUUGCCGCUGCUGCUGCUGCUGCUGAUGGGGCUGUGGGGCUUUGUGUUUAUCGCCUGA